UAUAGGAUUAUUGGUUCUUCAUUUGUGCGUUACCUGUAAUCCCUCUUACCUGUCGCCGUCCGUCAGUUAUUGACCAAAGGUAAAUGGUGUAAGUCAACCAGACAACACCAUAAUACAUGCCAAUAACACAUGAACGAGUGUAAUUAAAGUUCACUACAACACAGUGGAAAGUAAGGGUCGGCUGCCGGACCGGAAUAGGUGAAAAUAAAUGGACUAAUGACAACGCAUUCGACGUGUACGGGCAGUCCAUUCUAAAACAGUAACACGUUCACCUUUCCAUUGUGUGAUUCGGUUGAGUGAUUUUACAUACUACCAUUGGGAGUUGCUGUUAAUGACUAUUCUAUCAAACAUUGCCAAUACACCUGGCCGAAGCAAGGCAAUCUUUCUGCACGUACGGCCUGUUGGUUUGUGAAUGAGAGCAGGAAAAACACCUAGACUUGUGACUCGAGCAACACCUACAUGUCCAACCAUUUGAGGCCGAGUACGAAUAAACCACGAUAAAACGCUACCAAAUAUUCGAACUAAUAUGGUUUUAUGUGCUCAAGGCAAAUAAUAAAGGCUUUGGAACUAGUAUCGGGACCAAAACGGAGUCUACUAGUGGAUAUUCAUAGACGACCGUUAAUCCUCACUGAUGGAGGAGGCGAAGGACUUUACCCGGCAACAGAACCAGAAUAACGAAGAGUCCAAUAAUGAAAAUAAAGAAUAUAAACGGAAACGACGAAGGAGGUCUGAGAGGAGGAAACAGUCAUCGAACGGGUCCGAGGAGAAUCGGAACGAGGAUUUUCCUGAGAAGCACACAAUUGACGUAGAGGAAUUGAGGAAGAGGAUCUCCGAAGAUCCGGAACAAGGCACAGACAACAAUGGCCCCCAAGAGGAAAAAUCAGCCAUUGCUAGGCUCCGGCGGCGGGAGAAAAGGACGAGUCGUGCGUUCGACACCUUGUCAGAAUGUCGGAAGAUGUUCCGCCAAGAGAUGGCGCUGCUAGGAAAGGAGGUAGAGCAGUUCCGAACCAUAUGUCAAAACCAGAUUUCCAAGUACAAGCUACUGGUGUUAGAGCAGAAAGACAGACAUCAGAACCAGAGAGAGGAGAGGGACGGCGACACAUCCGAACACAGCAGUCUGUCCAGGACGGUGUCCGCCGAGUCUGGAGACCGGGCCUGGGAGGACAUGCUGUCCCUUCUACAGGUCGACAUGGAUUUUCUCAGUCGGAAACAGGCAGUCCUGGACAAGGAACAACAGAUGUUGGACAAGGAGGAGUCCCUAGCACAACGGCAGAAAGAUCUAGAGGAGUAUGAAAAGGAGAUCAACGAGAUAGAACGGAUGUUGGACAGACGACAGAACUUGUCUAAUAAGCGCCAGAGGGACCUAGCUUGUCUGGAUGACGAGCUUCUGGUUCUGAAGAGCGAUAUCAACACAGCCAAAGACGAGUUGGAGAACAAAGGAAUCGACACAGAGGUGGCUUCUGAGCGGGCCAGACACAACUGGGACAUUGUACGGAAGAACCUGUUCGAAAAGCAAACAUUUCUGGAGAACACGGUACAGAAGUACCGGACCGAUCUGGCCACGGCUCAGUCCAACAUUACCAGCAAAGACAUCCUCCUGGUCAAACAACAGCAAGAGAUUGCUGAUUUAAAGGAUGAGGUAGACAAAAAAACUGUUAAAAUGCACCAGUUAGAAACACAGUUGACGUUUACACUGGAAGAAGCCAGAUGUUUAGAGAAAAAAUUCCAUCAAAUGUUACUUCAGAGUGAGUCUUCUCUCAUCUUAAACAAUAACCUCCUUGAGCCGAGUCCAUCAACAACUCCACAAAAACGUUUGUUAAAGCGAGAAUCAUCAAGGUCACUGCUACACCGCGAGUCUCAUUCUCCAAGUUCAACAGAUCGACAUCGAUCGGAGGACACAAAGGCUACCAACUCUAACAGAGUGGUGCGACAUCACCCAGACUCUACUCAAAAUAACUUCGAAUCUGAACAGGAUGCCAGGUCUGCAAUUCUGAGCGGCAAAAGUGCGUCAUGUGUUGUUAUGUAGUAUAACGAGGA